AUGUAUCUUGUAAGCCUCAUUGAAAAGGCACAACUCGGCGCUAUUCAUUACGGUAGCGUAGGCAUUUCCUCUGCCACUGCCAGUGUGCUCAGCAGGAAUGUGAAUUCUCCACCCCCUACCUCCCAAGGAGCAUCGGUGAGCCAUGCGACGCCGAUGCAUAGCGUCGCCAUCGAUGACCGCUGGCUUGCCGCCGUGACGCGUUACUGUCACUUUACCUGCACCAUGGAUGACGUCGCGCGAGUGGCAAUGGUAUUUUCAAAGUUGGUGCAUGUACGCUGGUCGCUACAGGCGUGGCGGGACACCGUGCCCCCCCUUGUCGACGGCAAGCAGGAGGGUCACAAUGGGGCAACGGGGCAGCGCUCUUUCGCCAUUUCACAUCAGACCCUGUCCACUGCACCUGGCGAAGCUGUUUCUUUCGGAGGAAGGCUCUAUGGCCGCCUUUACCUCAGCGCGAGUCAUAUCAUUUCCACAGAAGAGGCAGAGAUACACUUGCAGCAGGUGCUUCAGCGCAAAGGCACCCUGACUGCGCAACGCGCGUGGCGCGAACUCGUGAACCAUCACACCGCGUACGCAGCGUACACGGAAUCAAUGGAGAGUGUUAUAACCUUGUCAUCUGGCGUCAAGGGUGCCGGCAAUGCUGCUCCCGGAUCGGAAUCUUGCGAAGACGCCCCAGGCACACUGGACCACUCCUCCGAUACGGACACCGGCGAGAAGAACACUGCCUGCGAAGCGAGCGAUGAGCAACUCCUCCGGCAAUUAUCAGCAGAGCUGCGCGCUUCACUCUCAGCACCGAUGCUGCGUGCCUUGCUUUCACAGAUGCGCCGAGAUGCGGCGCACACGGAGCAGUGCGACCAGCAACGCACGGCAGAGUGGCAGCUGAACGAGCGCGUAAUGAGCGCAUACGAGCAGGUGCGAGCAUUGCUAGGUGGAAAACAAGCCAAGGGUCGCAGUGCCUGGUCGCUCCUCGUCGCGAUGCGUGAGGAGAGUCGCUUCGAAGACGGGCUGAACGCUGCGGCGCUGCUCUCCCGCCUUUUGAACAUCCCCGCCUCCGGUCUCACGGCGACGAUGCUGCGCGAAGCAGAGGUGCACGUUGAGCCGCCAUCGUCCAUAGGAAAAGGGAAGGAGACAACGGCGAAGGGCAAGACAGCACACCGCAAACGGAAGCGCAAGGCUGAAGAGGCGGACCCAGUGCGGCUGAUACACGUAACACAGAGCACAUUGGUAACCGUGACAGACCUGGAGAGCCUCAACGAGGAACAACUGCAGCUCGUGCGAGUGCAGCUGGAUCGAACAAAAGGCUCUAUGAAGGGCGUUAUGGAGGCUAUUUCUCAGCGCUGCACUUGA